AUAUAUUAAACAGCUGUGCAGAUGACGCGUUACUCUCCAUUCCUAAAAUAUUUGUCGUAUGAACUUGAUCGUUUGCUUUGUUAUUGUUCUUUUUGUAUAUCAUUUUCGAAACAAGUUCAUAUUCAUAAGAAGAAAUGGCUGAUUACUUAGAUGCUGAAGCCGAAGAAAGUGAGGAGGAAGAAGAGCUCGAUGUUGCUGAGAGAAAGAAAUUAAAGAGGCUAAAAGCUAUGCACGAUAGUGACGACGAGGAAGAUGAUGAUGAAGAUGGGGAAGUUGAUGGACUCAUUGAUGAUAAUCCAAUCGAUGAAAAUGAUGGUGAGGAUAGUGAUGGAUCAGAUGAUUCUAGAAAACGUAAAAAAAGUGAUGAUGAAGAUUUUGAUGACCGUUUGGAAGAUGAAGAUUAUGAUUUGUUGGAAGAAAAUUUAGGAGUUAAAGUUGAAAGGAAACAUCGUUUUAAACGUCUCCGCAGAAUACAAGAUGAAGAAUCAGAAGGUGAACAAGAGGGAGAGGUAGAUGAUGGAAGAGAUGCAAUAGCUAAUGAAUUAUUUCAAGGCUCUGGGGAUGAGGAUGAACAAAAAAGUGAAAUUAGCCAUAGUAUUAGAGUUGAUGCAGAUGGAUAUGAUGAAGAGGAAAGUGAAGAUGAAGAUGAUUUUAUCGUGGAUGGCGAUGGUGUACCCAUAGCUGAAAAAAGAAAAAAAAAGAAACCUAUUUUUUCUGACGCUGCUUUACAAGAAGCCCAAGAUAUUUUUGGUAUCGAUUUUGAUUAUGAAGAAUUUGAGAGGUAUGGGGAGGACGAAUACGAAGAGGAGGAAGAAGAAGAUGAUGAAUAUCUUCAGGAGGAAGCAGAAGAUCGUCCAAGGCGAUCGAAGAAACAUAUAAAGAAAAAGAGUACAAAGAAAAGUAUCUUUGAAAUCUACGAACCUAGUGAACUUAUACGUGGUCAUUUUACCGAUGUCGAUAACGAGAUUCGUACUACGGACAUUCCGGAACGUAUGCAAAUACGAUCUGUUCCACUUACACCAACAGUGGAAGGUUCAGAUGAAUUAGAUCUUGAAGCAGAGUGGAUCUACAAACAAGCAUUCUGUCAACCGACGAUUUCAAUACAAGAUGCUCACUUAAAUGAAGAAGCCAAAGAAAGAGCAAAGAAGGGUCCACAAACAAUUGGCAAGAUUAAGAAGGCUCUAGAUUUUAUGCGUAAUCAGAGUUUUGAAGUUCCUUUCAUUUCAUUUUACAGAAAGGAAUAUGUCCUGCCAGAAUUAAAUAUUAAUGAUUUGUGGAAAAUAUAUAAAUUUGACACGAAAUGGUGCCAGUUGAAACAAAGAAAACAAAAUUUGUUGAAGUUGUUUGAAAAGAUGAGGGACUUCCAAUUAGAUGAAAUCAUGAAAAAUCCGGAUGCUCCGCUACCUGAUAAUAUACGAAUCAUUAAAGACGAUGAUAUCGAACGACUCAAAAUCGCCCAGACCAAUGAAGAAUUGAAUGAUAUUUAUCGGCACUUUAUGCUGUAUUAUAGUCAAGAUAUAUCAGCUAUGCAGCAAGCUCUACAUAGAAAAGAGAAGGAUGCACGAAAAAAAGCUAGAAUUGAGAAAAGGAAGCGACAGAUUGCAGAAGCCGAAGAAAACGGAGAAGAUCCUCCGGAAGAAACAUUUGAGGUAGAAGAUUUGGAAGAAGAAGUUGAAGACACAUUAAAACAGCCAAUUCGGAAGGGUCCAUAUUAUCUUUGUAGGAAGGCUGGUUUGGAUGGCCUCGCUAAAAAAUUUGGUCUCUCGCCUGAGCAUUUUGCUGAAAAUCUCAGAGACAAUUAUCAACGUCACGAAGUAGAACAAGAACCAGCAGAACCUAGUGUAGUAGCUAAUGAAUUCUGUUCAGAAACUUUUAAAACGGAUGAUGAAGUGCUUAAAGCAGUACAGUUAAUGGUAGCAAUUCAAUUAGGACAUGAACCAUUAGCCCGCAAGUGUGUUAGAGAAAUGUACAUGGAAAGAGCAAAGUUAUCCGUGAAACCGACAAAGAAAGGAAUAAAAGAAAUUGACGAAAAUCAUCCACUUUAUGCGCUGAAAUAUGUUAAAAAUAAACCUGUAGCGGAUCUUGUUGGUGAUCAAUUCUUAAAAUUAGUUAUGGGAGAAGAAGAUAAGUUGGUUACGCUGACAUUUAGCGACGUGAUAGAUGGAAAUACUACUAGUAACUAUAUUGAUGAAGUAAAGCAACUGUACUAUAGGGACGAGUUUAGUAAAAAUGUGCAAGACUGGAAUACAUUGAGAACCAAUAGUGUUGAAAUAGCUUUAAAUCGUAUUCUAAUACCACAAUUAAAAAAGGAACUACGGUCCAAUCUUCUAACAGAGGCAAAGGAAUGCGUUAUGAAAGCUUGUUGUCGCAAAAUGUAUAAUUGGAUAAAAAUUGCCCCGUACAACUGUGAAUUUCCUGAUGAGGAUGAUGAUGAUUGGGAUACUAAAAAAGGAAUUCGAGUGAUGGGUUUAGCUUAUGUACCUGAUCAAUCUCAAGCAGCGUUUGCUUGUAUAAUUUCUCCAGACGGAGAAUGCACAGAUUACUUGAGACUGCCACAUUUACUGAAGCGAAAAAAUGGUUUUAGAGAAAACGAAAAAAUGAUGAAGGAGGCUGAUUUAUUAGCAAUUAAAAAUUUUAUUGCUACAAAAAAACCACACGUUGUGGUAGUCAGCGGCGAAUCUAGAGAAGCAUUAAUGAUAGUAUCUGACAUAAAGGAAUGUAUUACAAAUCUAGUAGAAGAAGAACAGUUUCCUACGAUCCAAGUAGAGAUAUGUGAUAAUGAAUUAAGUAAAGUCUAUUCAAACAGUAAUAGAGGUAUAUCAGAUUUCAGGGAUUAUCCAGAUCUCCUGAGACAAGCUAUAUCCUUAGCUAGAAGAUUACAAGAUCCAUUGCUAGAGUUUUCACAAUUAUGUACUAUAGAUGAAGAAUUUCUGUGCCUUAGAUAUCAUCCUUUGCAAGAUCAACUAUCUAAAGAUGAGCUUGUUGAGAAUUUACACAUAGAAUUUAUAAAUCGUGUGAAUGAAGUGGGAGUAGAUUUAAAUAGAGCUGUCCAACAACCUUAUACUGCAAACUUAGUACAAUUUGUAUGUGGUUUAGGACCUAGAAAAAGUCAAUCAUUGAUGAAAAUUCUGAAACAAACUAAUCAAAGAUUGGAGAAUAGAACACAGCUCAUAACCGCUUGUCACAUGGGCCCUAAAGUAUUUGUUAAUUGUGCUGGUUUCGUUAAGAUAGAUACAAAUAGUUUAGGGGACAGUACUGAAGCAUAUGUAGAAGUGUUAGACGGUUCCCGUGUGCAUCCAGAAACGUAUGAAUGGGCAAGAAAAAUGGCAGUAGAUGCUUUGGAGUAUGAUGAUGAAGAUGCAAAUCCUGCUGGAGCUUUGGAAGAAAUUCUUGAAUCACCAGAAAGAUUGAAGGAUUUAGAUUUAGAUGCGUUUGCCGAAGAAUUGGAAAGACAGGGCUUUGGAAAUAAGUGUAUUACACUUUAUGACAUAAGAGCUGAAUUGAAUUCUAGAUACAAAGAUCUCCGCGUAUUAUACCAAACCCCAAACGCAGAGAAAUUAUUUGACAUUUUAACCAAAGAGACUCUUGAAUCAUUCUAUGUUGGUAAAUUAGUCUUAGCAACAGUAGUUGGAAUAAGUCAUAGGAAACCGCAAGGAGAUCAGUUAGAUCAGGCGAAUCCCGUUAGAAAUGACGAGACAGGUUUAUGGCAGUGUCCAUUCUGUUUGAAAAAUGAUUUCCCUGAACUGUCAGAGGUAUGGAACCACUUCGAUGCUGGAUCUUGUCCGGGAAAAGCGACUGGAGUACGUUUGAGACUAGAUAAUGGAAUAUCUGGUUAUAUUCACAUAAAAAAUUUAUCUGAUAAACAUGUCACUAACCCAGAAGAAAGGGUCCAUGUUGGUCAGGUGAUCCAUUGCCGCAUAAUAAAAAUUGAAGUGGAACGAUUCAGCGUAGAAUGUACAAGUAAAACUAGUGACCUUAUAGACAAGAAUCAUGAGUGGAGACCACAAAAGGAUGUUUACUACGAUGCGGAAACAGAGGAAAAAGAUAAAAAGGUUGAAGAAGAUGUUAAAAAAGCACAACAGAGACAAACUUAUGUAAAGCGUGUUAUAAUUCACCCUAGCUUCCAUAAUGUGAGCUUUGCAGAAGCUGACAAAUUGAUGCGAUCAAUGAAACAAGGAGAAGCGAUAAUACGGCCGAGUAGCAAAGGAUCCGACCACUUGACAGUAACUUGGAAAGUUACAGAAAAUAUCUAUCAGCACAUUGAUGUAAGGGAAGAAGGCAAAGAGAAUGCAUUUUCCUUAGGACGCAGUUUAUGGAUUGGCAGUGAAGAGUUUGAAGAUUUGGAUGAAAUUAUUGCAAGACAUGUUAAUCCAAUGGCUUCGUAUGCUUCGGAACUCUUAGACUUUAAGUACUUUAAAUCGACAAUAGAAGGCAUUAAAGAUAAAGGAGAGGAAAUUAUAAAAGAACAGAAGAAACUAAAUCCUGGCGGAAUACCAUAUAUUGUAUCCGCUGCUAAGAAUUAUCCUGGAAAAUUUUUGCUGUCGUAUCUUCCACGAACUCGUUGCCGUCAUGAAUAUAUUUCUAUAACACCUGAUGGAUUUAAAUUUAGAGGUCAAAUGUUUAGUAGAUUGAGCGAUCUGUUCCGUUGGUUUAAAGAACAUUUCAGGGAUCCUAUACCAGGCCAAAUCACGCCUGGUACACCCCACGGCGCUGUAACUUCCAGAACACCAUACAAUAGUACCCCAGCAAUUAGUGGAGUGAAUCCAGACGCUAUACAGAGAGUAGCUCAGAAUAUGCCACACCAUAUGCUACAUUCCCUCUCAAAAGUUGCAAGUCAAACUCCGCAUCAUUAUCCACCACAUACUCCAGGAGCUGCAAGUGUCAAUAACUAUGGAAUAUACGGAAGUACUCCUUAUACACCUUCAGGCCAGACACCGUUCAUGACUCCGUACCAUACUCCACAUCAUCCCCAGACGCCCAGCAAUCACCAAGGGUCAUUCUUACAACCUAUUCCCCCUGCAAUUAAUUCAAAUUCUCAUAGACCUUCAAGAUCUCAGAGAACUACUUCUGCUACAUAUGACAAUACAAACUGGACGAAAGCUGCUGAAGCUUGGGCGCGUUCAAAGCAAUCUACUUCCAAAGAAUCUGAUGAAUCUCGAAAAACGCCACGGAAUCAGGACACUAGAAACGAUAGAGAGAGUUCGCGGUGUAGAACACCGUCUGCUCGUACACCAUCGUAUAAAUCUCCCAGAGGAACUCCAUUUACGAACUCUAGUCCUCGCAGCAUGUCCCUAAGCGGUGACGGUACUCCCUUGUACGACGAGAGCUGAGACAAUAUUGUGCUCUGCGAGUAGCUAGGACAAUUGAUUAUCAGAUACUAUACUUCGUUCUGUAAACAAAAGAAUGAGUAAGUUAAAUCAGGGAUGAAUGAUCUUUCUUUCUUUUUUAGCGGCAUUGAUCAUUCUUUACUGAUGGGAAGCAUUUAUUAUGAGUACAAAUUAUACACUUUUUUUCUAGAACUUUUUCUAGACAUUUUGCUACGAAUAUUCAACAAUGUCACGAUAGACAGAUAUUUAUGUUACGCUAAACAACAGAAAUGAAUUUAAAUAACAGUCUUUUAAUGUAGAAUCUCUAUGACAUAUAAAUGUAAUGUUAAAACAUUCGCUAUUCCGUUUUCUAUAUCUGUAUAAUACUUAAUAUAUUCUACCUCAGUGAAAUUACAUUUUCAGACAACAAUUAUGAACAAUACAUUUAUUAUAUAUUUGCUCAAUAAUUUCAUGAAUUAUGAUAUUUAAAUGCAAAGACACUGCCCAGCUGGAGAUAUAAGUAUAAGUUUUAUUUGUAUAAGGUAUGAUUUGAUACAAAUGUAUUACCAUGUGCAACUUUGACAUGUAUAUUUUACUACGAAA